UUUUGUGUUGCAUUAACCUCUCUAUCGAUUUACUUCUCUGCUGAUUACAUCUUAAUUCAGUCUUUCCAUGGAAACCAACCAUCAGCUUGAAGAUUCCAAGAGCUCGAGCCAAGAGACCGAUCGGUCAGAGCAAAGAAACGACGUCACGGGCACGGGCACCGGCCGGUCCUAUGAGUGCGUGUUUUGCAAGCGAGGGUUCAUGACAGCACAAGCAUUGGGAGGGCACAUGAAUAUCCACAGGAAAGAUAGAGCCAAGAGCAAUCGGCCUAGCUCGGUUGACGAGAUUUAUUCGAGCCUUAGAUUGUCUUAUUCAUAUCCGCCCAUUCAAAGAUAUCAGCCACAUUAUGUGAGUUGUCAAGCUUUUUUCCCAGCAUCAUGGGGUUGGGGUUUUAGACCCCAACACACACACCAUGGGAAUGAACCAUUUGUGGACAAUUCACGGUAUAUGAAUCCAUUUAGAGUCGAAGAGGAUUGGUCUCAGAGUCUGAACUUGAGAAUCGGUCCAUCCCAUGUACACUAUAAUGAAAACAACAAGGCUGGUGGAAGUAGUCAAGAAGAUCAUGAAAUAGAUUUGGAGCUUCGAUUAGGUCAAUAUCCAUAG